CACCUCUCAAUCUCACUCAACAGAUCCACCUCCGUUCUUGCACUAACAUCAUACCAUAUCAUAAAGCCGUAACCAUUACUGUUAGCGAGCUAAACAACAUACCGUUCAACAGCAUCAAAUCAACGGCCGAGGUGUUGAUGGAGGGGCUACUGGGAGGUGUUCGGGAAGGACACUAUGUUUCCAUGUGUCUCCCCCUGGCUCUCUUCUGAUCUCCCCGCCACACUCGGCCAUGCUCCGCCCAUUCCCCCAAUACAGCCGCACAAUCAGCCACUGCCUGACCUGCUGCGGAGCUGCGCCGUGCUUCUUUCCCCAGCCACGCACUUGAGCUCCUGCACCAACGAGAUGGAAUCCAUGAUUGUGGUUACGGAGUACGAGCCCAGUGGUGGCUCUGGACUGGAGGGCGGAGAGGAUGAGGAGGUGGAGGACAUGGACAGCUCGGAAACACCAGAGCCGAGGUCAUCAGGUCCGGUACCGCCCUUCCGUAUGGCAUCUUGUGAUCUUUUAUCCCAUACUGUGGGACGUCCAGAAGCGCUCUUCCCAGAACCACAGGAGCACAGAGGAAGGCUCAGCCUCUCUGACCGGAAGCUCUCCCUUCAGGAACGCUCACAGACGCUUUCAUCACCCUGUGGUUCGCCGGGGCUGAACGGACGCUAUAUCUACCCGUCAUUACCAUACUCGCCGAUUACCUCCCCCCACUCAUCUCCACGCCUCCCUCGAAGACCCACCAUUGAGUCUCAUCGCGUCUCAAUCACAGACCUGCAGGACUGCGUGCAGCUAAACCAGUACAAGCUGAAAGAUGAAAUCGGAAAGGGCUCCUAUGGAGUUGUCAAGCUGGCGUACAAUGAAGAUGACAACACAUACUAUGCGAUGAAAGUGCUGUCCAAGAAACGACUGAUGAGGCAGGCUGGGUUCCCGCGCAGACCUCCUCCUCGUGGGGCAAAAUUUGUCCCUGAGGGCCCCCCUCAGCCCAAAGGGCCUCUGGAGCGCGUUUACCAGGAGAUAGCCAUCCUCAAGAAGCUCGAUCACCCUAAUGUGGUCAAGCUUGUGGAGGUGCUGGAUGAUCCUAGUGAGGACCAUCUGUACAUGGUAUUCGAGCUUGUCAAACGAGGAGCAGUGAUGGAGGUUCCUACUGAUAAGCCCCUGGAUGAGGACCAGACACGCUUCUACUUCCAGGACUUGCUGAGAGGAAUCGAAUAUUUACAUUACCAGAAAAUCAUUCAUCGGGAUAUUAAGCCUUCCAACCUGCUCGUGGGAGAAGAUGGCCACAUUAAGAUUGCUGACUUUGGGGUCAGUAAUCAGUUUGAGGGAGCAGAUGCCCUACUGACCAGUACAGUGGGGACGCCAGCAUUUCUCGCCCCAGAAACCCUCUCAGAGACUCGCAAAAACUUCUCUGGCAAGGCUUUGGAUGUGUGGGCAAUGGGAGUCACCUUGUACUGUUUCAUUUUCGGAGUGUGUCCGUUUAUGGAUGAGCGUAUUUUGAGUCUUCAUCAAAAGAUCAAGACUCAGCCGGUGGAACUUCCAGAGAAUGCUGACAUAUCAGGUGACUUGAAAGACCUUCUUUUUAAAAUGUUGGACAAGAACCCUGAAUCCAGAAUUACCGUGCCACAAAUCAAGGUGCACCCAUGGGUGACGCGGCACGGUGCCGAGCCCCUCCCUCCCGAGGACGAUAACUGCUGCAGCCUGAUCGAAGUGACAGAAGAGGAGGUGGAAAACUCAGUCAAGCACAUCCCCAGCCUUGCCACAGUGAUCUUGGUAAGGACCAUGUUGCGGAAGCGUUCUUUUGGGAACCCGUUUGAUUGGGGCCGCAGGGAAGACAGAAGUCCUGCCGCACCAGUACAUAUUCUUUCGAAACAAGAGAGCGAGGAAGGCAUGCGGAGCAUGGACCUGCCCUUCGUGGGCGAGGAUGAAGUUCAUUCUUGAUAUUUGUUGCAAGUGUCUUGCUCACAACUCUGCAAUGGGCGAGUGGUUGUUGCUUGAAAAUGCACCAGGAUGGGGCUUGGUAUGGCUUCUGGAAGGCCAGGUUAUGGACCUGGGUUGGGGCAUGGACACAAGAAAGAAGCCCUGGUUUUUUCUGUGUUGUUGAUGUGGAGGUUGCUCACCCACUCCAUGCAUGCAUUUGUUCAGUCCACAGCAGCAUGCACUGUAUCUGUCUGCCCAGGUCUCUACUGUCUCUCAGGACCUGUUUUGUGUGUGUGUGUGUGUGUGUGUGUGUGUGUGUGUGUGUGUGUGUGUGUGUGUGUGUGUGUGUGAGUGAGUAAGAGUGAGACUGUUUCUACUUCUCCCAUGCAUGGAGACUCUGCUUUACUUCUCUACUUCAGCUAGGGGGCGCCACUGCAGUUGUAUGAAGGCUAAACAGACAAUAACAUUGACAAGAAUUUCAUAGGUUUCUUCAUCACACAUUAAUUAGGAAGACAGGCUACCUAAUAGUGGUUUUCACAGUGGUAUGAAUUGUAAAAGUAAUAAAACAUAUUAUUCAAAUGGGAAGAGGUUUAGUACUGCCCAACAAAGCCAAAGCACAGUAACUACGGCAACACUUAAACUGAGAAAAAUGGCUUCAACGUUUUUCUGCUGUCCUGCCAAAUGUGGAUUUAAAAAAGUCUCACUCUUUUUUUUCUCUGAAUUUGAGCACUAAACUGUGUAGUUUGUAAUGUGUACUGUGUUUUGCAUUUGCAGGGCAUGGUCAUUAAUUAUAAGUUUGUUUAAAAAAAUGUAUUAAGUGUAAAAUAGCUCAAAAUUACAAUCAGGAAAUGCCAUAUAUAUAGUAAGGAGACAAUUCAGGAUGAAAUUUAGGAAAAAUACAGACAUGUUUGUAUAAGACUGUGUUUCUAAUCACAGAGCUUUGGGUUUGUAUUCUGAUGUCUGUGCUGUAGGUACAGGACCAAACCUCAAAACUAUCUAGUGUUGUUUUUUAAUACAGCAAACCCCGAAUCUAAGAGCUGAGGGAAUUAUGGUCAUAGCAUGUUUUCAUAUUUUUGAAUAGUGUGUUAAUUAGAGAACAAAUAACCUAUUAUGGAAUGCCAAAAUAGGCAUUGUGUCAGUUUAUCCCCUUGUAUGUAAUGUGACCUUUUAAUCAUGAAAGUAAGUCUUUCACUGUAAUUUCACUUCCCUUCCUUGUAGAAUUACCAAAUGCCAUGUAGUAGUGCAUUUCAAACUUUGCCAUGAUCAGAGUGAAUUAGUUAUUAGCAUUUCUAUAUCAUAUGCAUACGCUAAAGAAAUACAAUAUCUUAAUGCAAUCUAUGCAUGAUUUUUCACUUAAUGAAUCAAUGUUUGUUUACCAGUCUGUUUUGACACAAAUGUAUGCCUUACAUUUUCAUACUCAUAACUGUAGCAUAGAUAAUCAGUACAUACGUUUUUUUUGUACAAUAUAAUUGUAUAUAAAGCAAAUGAUGGAGUCCUUAGAUAAGCUGUUUUAGACAGUGUAGAAAUAAAGCUCAGUUUUAAAGUUAGCAAAAAUAGUCCAAAGUCCUGUUGAGAUGUUCUCAAUGUGCACUACAGUCAUGUAGCUUGUUUAGUUUUUUCUAUAAUUGUUUGUUUGCUCUUGUUGUAGGCUAGUUCAAAAAAUAUCUGAGUGAUGGAGCUUUUCCACCACUGAAUGAAAUUUAUAACAUAGCUCAUGCUUCCAUGUAUCAGGGGAGUCCUUCUGCACAAGUAGGUUGAAUGUAUGUUGAUGGAUUUCUGUGUAACUACGGUCAACUCUUUAGUCUUUACCUUUGUUUUUAUCCCCCCCCCACACCCCCUCUGCAUGCUAAUCUCUUCUGUGUUUAAAAGUACUUCUUUGUUUUGUUGAUUUGUGUGAUUUCUUUCUUUUUUGAUUUCUUUUGAUUUCAUUUGAUUUUAUUUUUGUGUGGGUACUAUUACUAUGCAUAUGAAAUUUCACUUUGUGGUGCAGUUCUGGACUGUGUCAGGCAGUCGGUCCCUUGUGUUUGUUCUAUUUGAUGUUGAUUAUUGAAAAUUGAAGGAAAAUUGUUUUAUCGACUUAAAUAUGCAUGAUGAACAGAAUAUGGUUAUACAAUAUAAUUUAUGUAAGUGGACAUUUUAUCGAUUUGCUGAGAAGAUUUUUAUGAACUUUAAUUAAUAUAUUCAGGAGAAGCACCAUUCCCAUUUUUGAGAACAUAUUUAUUAAGAAAAUCUGAAAAUAUACGGUUAUCUUUGCACAAUAUUUAGCCAAAUUUAAAUGACAGUGUUUCCAUGUAAAGCAUGCUUAUCAAAACCUUUAAAUGAAGAAUUAGACCUCAUGACCAAGUCUUCUUCUUUUGUAAACAAAUCAUAAUGAAGAGAAAAGCUCACCAGCUUAAAACUUAGCAAGCAUUUUUCUGUUUUCUAUGUACGACCACAGUCUCAAAGACUGACCUUACACAAGUUCAAUAGAUUGACUGCAGAUGUGUAUACUGAAGGGAAUGCUGUACUGUAUAUUUAAAACCUCUGUAUCUUUCUGCUUUGUAUCUGCCCAGUUUUUUUUGAAGGGCUAGGAUAAAUGUUUGCUUCCAUAUCACACAAAAAUUGCAUUUUGAGCACUGUUGAGAGGGCUGUGUACAGAGAUGUUACGUAGAUGCAUGCCGUCACUAUUACUCGAUCUUAUGCAGCAUAUUAGUUUUUUCUAAGCAUGUUUGAGCUCUUUACAGCAUCCUCUGAUUAUAUUGCUGAUCAUUCUAUAUAUUGUAUCCAGUUAAUUAUUUUAAUAAAUUAAAGCUGCCUUU